AUGGGCGUGAUCUACACGAACACGAAACCUGGGCAGGCAUAUUCGACGAGUCCAGUCAUCAACGACAACGCAAUAAUCGCCAUGACAGUGUACAUCCUCAAGGGCAAGUCCAGUUUCGUGUAUAUGUUCUGUUCAACUCCUAACGCCGGCUUCCUGGUGGAGUGGUAG